AUGCCUUUUUCGUACUACGAAUACCUUCCAUCCAAAGCAGCUGCUGUGGUUGCUUGCCUCAUCUUCAUCAUCAUCACCCUCCUUCACUCCUGGCAACUCUUCCGUACACGCACCUGGUUUUUCAUCCCAUUCGUCAUCGGCGGUCUUUUCGAAGUCAUUGGAUACGCCGCCAGAGCUAAGUCUGCAAGCCAACACCCCGAUUACACCUUGAUGCCAUACAUCCUGCAAUCCCUAUUUCUGCUUCUCGCACCCACCCUCUUUGCAGCAAGCAUAUACAUGGAACUCGGCCGCAUCCUCGACCUCACAGAAGGAGAAUCCCGCUCUUUGAUUAGACGAAAACUCCUCACCAAGAUUUUUGUCACGGGAGAUGUGCUCUCGUUUCUCGCGCAGAGUGCUGGCGGCGGUAUGCUUGCUCAAGGCAGCAGUUCUGGAAACAAGAUUAUCAUUGGAGGGUUAGUGCUUCAAUUGCUCUUUUUUGGCUUUUUUAUGGUGUCGGCAGUGGUGUUCCAUCGUUGUUUGUCUGAUCAUCCUACCAGUAAGGUGAUGGCUAUGCCGUUACCUUGGAAGAAACACUUGAAUGCGUUGUAUGCUGGAAGCAUUAUGAUUCUGGUGCGCUCACUUUAUCGGUUGAUUGAGUAUAUUCAGGGCGGCAGCACUGGGUAUAUCGUUCAGCAUGAGUGGACAUUGUACAUUUUUGAUGCUGCGCUCAUGUUGGGGACUAUGCUGGUCUUCUUUUGGAUACAUCCAAGCGAGAUUAGAGCGCUUCUGCGCGGUGGUCCUGCGCUGCAGGGUUGGAUACCUUUGAGAGUGUUUGCACCUCUACAAGCUGCGGUAUAG